AUGUCGCAAUUCCUGCAACCGAGCAUCAUCAUCCUCAAGGAGGGAACCGAUACAUCGCAGGGCAAGGCCCAGCUCAUCAGCAACAUCAAUGCCUGCAUGGCCGUUGUGGACACCAUCCGCACCACGCUUGGACCCCGUGGAAUGGAUAAAUUGAUCUAUGAGGGCCGGAACAUCACCAUCUCCAACGACGGCGCUACGAUCAUGAAGCUGCUGGACGUCGUGCACCCUGCUGCUCGCACGCUGGUUGAUAUCGCCAGAUCACAGGACGAAGAGGUAGGAGAUGGCACCACCAGCGUUGUGGUGCUGGCUGGUGAGCUGCUGAAAGAAUCGAAGGCCUUCGUUGAGGAGGGCGUGCACCCCACCGUCAUCAUCCGUGCCUUCCGCGCUGCCUGCGAGCUGGCAAAGGCCAAGAUCAGGGAACUUGCCGUCUCCAUCGAUGCCGGCAAGGACGCUGCCACCGAGAUGCGCACCGUGCUUGAGAGGUGCGCUGGUACUGCCCUGAACUCGAAGCUCAUUGGCAGCCACAACGCCUUCUUCUCCAAGAUGGUGGUUGAUGCUGUGAUGCACCUCGACGAGGACCUCAACAUUGACCUUAUUGGUAUUAAGAAGGAGAAGGGCGGAUCCAUGGAGGACUCGCUGCUGAUCGAAGGUGUGGCUUUCAAGAAGUGCUUCUCGUACGCUGGUUUCGAGCAGCAGCCCAAGAAGAUCCCCAACCCCAAGAUUUUGCUGCUCAACCUCGAGCUCGAGCUGAAGGCCGAGAAGGACAACGCUGAGCUCAGGAUUGAGGAUCCCGCCGACUACCAGGCGAUGGUGGACGCCGAGUGGAACAUCAUCUACGAGAAGCUGGAUAACAUCGUGAAGUCGGGUGCCAACGUUAUCUUCUCGCGUCUGGCCAUCGGCGAUUUGGCCACACAGUACUUUGCCGACCGCGGCGUGUUCUGCGGCGGUCGUGUGCCGCAGGAGGACCUCGAGCGAAUCUCCAAGGCCACCGGUGCGCAGAUCCAGACCACCGUCAACGAUCUCAACGCGCCCAUCCUCGGCCACGCCGAGCUCUUCGAGGAGCGUCAGGUUGGUGGCGAGCGCUACAACUUCAUCACCGGCUGCGUCCAGGCGCGUACCGCCACCAUCAUCCUGCGCGGCGGCGGCGAGCAGUUCAUCGAGGAGGCCGAGCGCUCCAUGCACGACGCCAUCAUGAUCGUGCGACGGGCUCGGAAACACUCGGCCGUCGUGGCCGGCGGUGGCGCCAUCGAGAUGGAGCUCUCCAAGUACCUCCGCACCCACUCGCGCACCAUCAAGGGCAAGCAGCAGCUCGUCAUCAACGCCUUUGCCAAGGCCCUCGAGGUCAUCCCGCGUCAGAUCGCCGACAACGCCGGCUUUGACUCGACCGACAUCCUCAACCAGCUCCGCCAGAAGCACGCCCAGGGCGCCACCUGGUACGGCGUCGACAUCACCAACGAAGGCGUCACCGACACCUACCUCUCCUUUGUCUGGGAGCCCUCGCUCGUCAAGCUCAACUCCAUCACCGCCGCCACCGAGGCCGCCUGCCUCGUCCUCUCCAUCGACGAGACCGUCAAGAACCCCAAGUCCUCGGCCUCGGACGACGUGCCCGCCCCCAUGCCCCGCGGCGGCCGAAGGCGCUGA